AGUGACUCUCGCAACCCGCGCGAUGCCGCCUGCCGCCGCACCCGCCGUCGCUACUGUCUCAGCCUCCGUUCGUUCCUCUGCCUCCGCGCCCGCGACCUCACCUACCGAUGCGCUGGAAGCGGCCCUGGAGCAGUUGGGUCCCUUUGGGUUCUACCAGCGCUAUGUAGUGAUUAUGCUGUGCAUCCCUAACGUCUUCGCGGCUAUGUACUCCCUUAACUACGUCUUCGUGGCUGACCAGGUGCCCUUUCGAUGCGUGGUGCCAGAGUGCGAGGGCUACAAGCCCCCGUUCGACAACACGUCAGCCCUGGAGCUAGUCCCGGCGGGCUCGCGCUGCCAACGGUACGCACCGUUGGCCGACCGGCCCCCAGGGAAGACCUGCGAGCGACACCACUACCAUCCCUCCCAAACCGUGCCGUGUGAUGUGUUCGCCUACGAGAACACCGACACUAUAUUCGCUGAGUUCGACCUGGGCUGCAGCGAGUGGCGGCGCACCCUGGUGGGCACGGUGCGCAACACCGCGCUGCCCAUCGCGCUGGUGCUCACUGGAUACCUCUCCGAUACGUACGGGCGUCGUACAGCGUUUUGCGUGUUCUCCGCGUUCGCGGGCGUGCUGGGCAUCGUGAAGGGCUUCUCCCUCAACUAUCCGAUGUACGUCGCGAUGGAAUUCUUCGAGGCCGCGCUCGGCUACGGGUUUAACAGCGCCGCUUACGUUAUGAUGGUAGAGCUGGCGCGUCCGUCGGUGCGCGGUAUAUUCGCGUGCGCAACGGGCGUAGCGUACGGAGCCGGGGGCGUUCUGUUCGCGCUGGUGGCGUGGCGCGUGCGGUACUGGAGGUACCUGCUGUUCGUUAUCCACUCAUUCGCACUGCUGCUGCCGCUCUACCGCCUGCUGUUAGACGAGAGCGUGCGCUGGCUGCACUCGCGAAAUAGGACGCAGAAAGCCGCGAGCAUCAUACGCAAAGCGGCGAGGUGGAACAAGGUCAUUUUAAGCGAGGAAGUGAUGAAGAAUCUCGAUGGAGACUCCUUAAAGACUGAAGAGUCGUCAAAGUCAAACCCGUGGCUGGGGCUGGUGCGGUCUCGCGUGCUGAUGGUGCGGUUCGCGACGUGCUGCUGGUGUUGGAUCGCUGUGUCGUUCGUUUAUUACGGGCUGACUAUCAACUCGGUGGCGCUGUCGGGCGACAAGUACGCAAACUUCGCGCUUAACAUGGCCAUGGAGAUCGUGGCAUCGCUACUGCUCAUGAUGGCGCUCGAGCGCAUCGGACGCAAGUGGAGCAUCCUCGGCGCGUUCCUGGUCUGCGGUGUCGCUUGCGUCACACCAUUCUUUGUCGAUCACUCAGGCACGUGGCUAGGUCUGUUCUUCGUGGGCAAGCUGGCCAUCACGUUCGCAUUCAACUCCAUCUACGUGUUCAGCGCGGAGCUGUUCCCCACGAGCACGCGCAGCUCCGCGCUCGCCGCCUGCUCGCUCGUCGGCCGGCUCGGCUCCAUCCUCGCACCGCAGACACCAUUACUCAGCGCGACGGUGCAAGCGUCGCUGUACGGCGGGUGCUGCAUGCUGGCGGCGCUGGCGGUGCUGCUGGCGCCGGAGACGCGGCGCACGCGGCUGCCGCUCGACGUGACGGACGCCGAGCACCUGCGCGCCGCCGCCGACGCGCCGCUGCCGCCCGCGCCGCCGUCAGCCCCGCCGCGCGUCCUCUCCGCGGACACCUGACACUCGAUUUCAGUCUUCGCACUCGCAUCACCAGUGUCUUGAGCACGAGUUCUGACGACCGUACUUAACAAUAUCUAUAAGACUGCAUUGUACUUAGCAUAGUGGCAGUUUUGAGACGCUUACAGUUUACCGACCACAGUUUUAAAAAUUUGGAAAAUUGUAAUUUUCAGAUGCCGUGUGUACUUGUAUUACUCAAAAUAUUGUUAUGAUGAGAUGACGUCACGUCAGUACUAAGCCUUACUUAAUACGUACUUACUGCUUAGGUUACGUACAUAUGUUAAGUUUAAAUAUAAGUUAGCCUGUGAUAAUAUUCAGUCACGUAUUAUUACUAUACAUAUUACUUAAUAAAUUAAA